CACACUCAACAGCUUCUACAUAUCUAUCACCUCUCUGAUCCUUCCAACAACCCAUAGACCCUUCCCUUUCUUCCCUUGUCAUAUCAGAUUUCAUAUUAAAAAAAACCAACAACUCAAAAAACAUAUCCUUCAAGAGGGAUAAAUACUUCUCCCAUCUUUCUCCAAGUUUUCAUUGAUUUGCCAUCUUUUGUAGUUGAUUUCAAUUCUGAGAUAAUCCAAAAUGUCUAACAUCCAGAUUGCAUCAGUGAGCAAGUUUCGUUACCAAAGGCUCAAACAUGAAGGUGGGUAUGAAAUUGAGAGGGACAGAGUACUGAUUCAGAGACCAAAGAGCUGGUUCAGGUUCAGGUUCAGAAGGAUUCAAAUUAGGAGGAGGUUCAGGCUGAAAAUUCCAAGCUUGAAAAGACUCUGGAGGAAAAGGGUCAGGCUAGUCUCUUCCAUGAGACUUUCAUAUGCCAAAGUGUUGAAAAGGUUCAAGGAUAACAAGGUUCAUUUUGGUGAUCUUUUUGCUGGGAACUACUUGUUCAUGCAAGUCAAUCCUUCAUCACUCAAGUACCUUGAAAAAGAGUUCUCUAUUUCAAAAAUUGCUUAGUCUUAAUUUAUCUGCACGCACCCUUAAUUUGUUUAUUGUGCAAUCUUUUCAUGUUCCUAUAAUGGCUUGUUUACUAAUGUAACUCUGAUCUGUUAACCUCAUUCUGAAAAUUUGGGAUUGGGAUGCAGCAAAAUAGUAAUUUAUAGUUGGAAUAAUCACUUUCCUCUUCAAAUA